AUGAAGUUUUACUCCGGUAUAACCAACCUGUUUGUUGUUUUCUUUGUUGAAAUUCCACAGUUUAAUUGGUCUGUAUUUAUUGUAAUUUAGUGAACCUUGAUAAACAAUUAUUUUAAAGAGAAGCACCUCAUUUAGGGCCUCAGCGACGCGUUAAAUACCACAACAACUUAACGAAUUCCUCUCUCUGCAUCUGGGUUUCUGCUGAUGUAAGACUUGUUGGGAUGUGAUGCGAGAGAAGAUAAAUGGAGUCUGAAGAGUGAGUAGAAUCUGGUUCACCCUGAGAUUCGGACCAAAUUUGUCCCAAUAAACCUGUGGAGGUCAUCUCUAAAAACCUCUGAACUUUCUUUCCUCUUUGUUUCCACAGAGACCAGCCCUGCUCCUGGAUGGGUGAGGUCCCUGCCAACCCAGUCGGCCAGUGAACCCCCCCCCCCCCCCUCCUCCCAAACAGGACCUCCUGGGUCCCCCAGAGGAGCAGCAGGGAUGUACCAGGAGGUGGCCUUCCUAGUGGGCAGCACGGAAAAAGAGUUCACGCCCUUUCACUUCCCCCUGGAGAACCAGCAGGAGGUGGUCAGUAAGAAGGGUGUGUUCUUUAAACGGCAACGGCUGCUGCGGAGGCCCAACGAGGUGCAGGAGGAGAAUGACCUGUCAGCCGUCAUCAAUGUGGGCGGGAUCAGGUACCGUAUCAAUAGAAUCAAGAGUUGGCAUGUUCAACUCGAUAAUCAAUAGUCCAUAAUUAGAGGUCUUUCGGCGCAAGGUUUAAAAGGGAUAUAAACUGGGCACAGAAAUAGUCUACGUUUUAACGUUCUUUAGAUCUUGCUGCUUCAGUGACUAUUGUGCAAGGGUGUUGUGCAGCGGUAACAUUGUGUUUUCCUCUCCCACCAGGUACCGUAUCCCCUGGUCCGUUCUGGAGGAGUUCCCUCUGACGCGGCUGGGCCGGCUGAGGGGCUGCAGCUCAUUGGACGAGAUCAUGGAGGUGUGUGACGACUACGACGACGGGCGCCAGGAGUUCUUCUUCGACCGCAGCCCAUCUGCGUUCCGCACCAUUGUGACGUUCCUGGCGGCAGGGCGGCUCCGGCUGCUGAGGGAGAUGUGUGCCCUGUCCUUCCAGGAGGAGCUGGUCUACUGGGGCCUGGAGGACACCAGGCUGGAGUGGUGCUGCCUCAGGAAGCUACGCAUAAGACAGGAGGAGCUCAAGGAGCAGCUGAGGAUGGAGGAGGAAGCAGAGCUCACCACCACCCUGACCCCCCAGAGCUGUGAGGAUGGGCAGGGGCCCCCCGGGGUGGGGGGGGAGGAGGAGAACCGCAUGGCGGGGUGUAUGCGCAGGCUCCACGACAUGGUGGAGAACCCUCAAUCUGGACUACCUGGGAAGAUCUUCGCCUUUCUGUCGGUGGUGUUUGUGGCCAUCACCGCGGUAACGCUCUGCAUCAGUACCAUGCCUGACCUCAGGGAGGAAGAGGAGAGGGUGAGUUCACUUCCUGUUUACGCCUUGCUCACAGGGUUUUACUUCCGGGUCACACUCGGGUGGGUUAUACAUAGGGCCAGGAGUUUGACCUGACCGAGUUACAGACCUGGAAAAAGUCUGGGUACAUCCAUAUCUGCAUUCUGCUGUUAGUUGGAUGAUGUUUGAGGGACAUCCUCCACAGUGAGUCUUCCCUCUGAUAGUAACUCCUCAUCACAGAGGUAGUGUGAUGGCUCAGGGAUGUUGUCAGGGACGACUGCUACACUACAACUUCAAUUACAUGAAUACCAGAUUAUUCCCUUUGCCAGAUCACUGCUGCUGCACUCUCGUCUUGCUCUUAUUCAUGCAAUAAAGGAAUUUUGUUGCCCACAUUGUCUUAGUAAUUAACAUAGAAUAUACAGUGCCUUCAGAAAGUAUUCAUACCCCUUGACUAUUCCACAUUUUAUUGUUACAGCCUGAAUUCAAAAUUGAUUAAAUAUAUUUUUUUUCUCACUCAUCUACACACAAUACCCCGUAAUGACAUAUUGAAAACAUGUUUUAAGAAGAUUUAGCAAAUGUAUACAUACAGUACCAGUCAAAAGUUUGGACACCUACUCAUUCAAGGGUUUUUACUAUUUUCUUCAUUUUAGAAUAAUAGUAAAGACAUCAAAACUAUGAAAUAACACAUAUGGAAACAUGUAGUAACCAAAAAAGUGUUAAACCAAUCAAAAUAUAUCUUAAAUUUGAGAUUCUCAAAUUAGCCACCCUUUGCCUUGAUUACAGCUUUGCACACUCUUGGCAUUUUGACUGGUACUGUAAGUAUUCACACCCCUGAGUCAAUACAUGUUAGAAUCACCUUUGGCAGCGAUUACAGCUUGAGGGAAAUUAGUUUGGGCAUGGUGGCUCGUUCUCUGUGAAGAUGAAUCUUCGAUCGAGGAGAGGUUAAGAUGGUUGAAGCAGAAGUGUUGUUUGAAGCUGAAAGCGCAUCAAGCACAGUUAGUGAGAAAGAUAAGUGGAUAACAGUGAAGUCAAAGAAUGGAACAAAAAGGGCAAAAAAUUGUUGUUGAAUACAUUAUUUGGAUAAGGAUGUUAAUUUGGGAAACCCUUUUGAAGUCCUGAGGAUGGUGAAGAAGGCGUUGGGAAAAGUGGAUGCAGAUGAAGUAACCAGGAGUGGUAUGAUGUUGAUAUUGUGUGUAUCUAAAGAACAAAGGGAGCGUGCGUUGUGGCUCGCAAAAAUAUGGACGCAUGAAGUGAACAGCUUUGAUUUUCGGAGCAGGGCACCGGUAAAAAGUUAUCUCUGGGGUCCGUUGGACAUUGAUAUCUUAGACGAAAAGUUCCAGGAGUAGUUAAUGCACGUCGCUUGACCCGUAUGUAGAAUGGGUAAAAAGGAGCAAAGUUUCUGUAUCUUUUUUUAAUACAUAUAUUUAUUUGUUCCAAAUAGGACAAUCAACAGUUACAGAAAUACAAUUUUCUUGUUUUUCACCCCCCCAACACAGACAUAACAACGACAACCCAACAUAAACAGAAAAAACACAUUUCCAAUAAAUAAAUACAUUAUAUAUAAAAUGCAGUCACAGAUAAUGCAGAUUACGCUUCAACAAUAGCCAAUAUUCACAAAAAAUAAAUAAUAGAGAAUAUACAGAUUUACAGUUCCAAUGCUUCUACAUUAUCACGGUUUGCAAAAAUUCUAAAAACAGAUCCCAAAUAUCACGAGACUCUGGGGCUUUCUUUUUCACUCUAUAAAUACAUUUUUCAAGAGCCAGGAUUGACGUGAAUUAUUUUAACCAAUGACAAAGUGAGGGGUAACAGACAUACUUCCAGUGUAGAACAAUUGAAUGUCUCGCUUGUAAUAGACAGGUCAACCAUUUUAUUUUAUCUUCUAUGUAAGGAGAUAUUCUCUGGGGAAAGAUUUAGGAUGCAAAGUUUAGGGAUUAGUGGUAUUGGGGUAGAGGUAAUCUGAGAUAUAGCGCAGUACUGAGCUCAGGAUAUAUAUAUAUAUAUAUAUAUAUAUAUAUAUAUAUAUAUAUAUAUAUAUAUAUAUAUAUAUAUAUAUAUAUAUAUACACACACACACACAGUGAGGGGAAAAAAGUAUUUGAUCCCCUGCUGAUUUUGUACGUUUGCCUCAAUCAGAAAGAUUUCUGGCUCCCAGGUGUCUUUUUAUACAGGUAACGAGCUGAGAUUAGGAGCACACUCUUAAAGGGAGUGCUCCUAAUCUCAGUUUGCUUCUGUGGGCAGGUGUCUUUUUAUACAGGUAACAAUCAAUCAAUCAGAUUCCAAACUCUCCACCAUGGCCAAGACCAAAGAGCUCUCCAAGGAUGUCAGGGACAAGAUUGUAGACCUACACAAGGCUGGAAUGGGCUACAAGACCAUCGCCAAGCAGCUUGGUGAGAAGGUGACAACAGUUUGUGAUUAUUUGCAAAUGGAAGAAACACAAAGUACUGUCAAUCUCCCUCGGCCUGGGGUUCCAUGCAAGAUCUCACCUCGUGGAGUUGCAAUGAUCAUGAGAACGGUGAGCAAUCAGCCCAGAAUUACACAGGAGGAUCUUGUCAACGAUCUCAAGGCAGCUGGGACCAUAGUCACCAAGAAAACAAUUGGUAACACACUACGCCGUGAAGGACUGAAAUCCUGCAGCGCCCGCAAGGUCCCCCUGCUCAAGAAAGCACAUAUACAGGCCCGUCUGAAGUUUGCCAAUGAACAUCUGAAUGAUUCAGAGGAGAACUGGCUGAAAGUGUUGUGGUCAGAUGAGACCAAAAUCGAGCUCUUUGGCAUCAACUCAACUCGCCGUGUUUGGAGGAGGAGGAAUGCUGCCUAUGACCCCCAAGAACACCAUCCCCACCAUCAAACAUGGAGGUGGAAACAUUAUGCUUUGGGGGUGUUCUUCUGCUAAGGGAACAGGACAACUUCACCGCAUCAAAGGGACAAUGCACGGGGCCAUGUACCGUCAAAUCUUGGGUGAGAACCUCCUUCCCUCAGCCAGGGCAUUGAAAAUGGGUCGUGGAUGGAUAUUCCAGCAUGACAAUGACCCAAAACACACGGCCAAGGCAACAAAGGAGAGGCUCAAGAAGAAGCACAUUAAGGUCCUGGUGUGGCCUAGCCAGUCUCCAGACCUUAAUCCCAUAGAAAAUCUGUGGAGGGAGCUGAAGGUUCGAGUUGCCAAACGUCAGCCUCGAAACCUUAAUGACUUGGAGAAGAUCUGCAAAGAGGAGUGGGACAAAAUCCCUCCUGAGAUGUGUGCAAAUCUGGUGGCCAACUACAAGAAACGUCUGACCUCUGUGAUUGCCAACAAGGGUUUUGCCACCAAGUACUAAGUAAUGUUUUGCAGAGGGGUCAAAUACUUAUUUCCCUCAUUAAAAUGCAAAUCAAUUUAUAACAUUUUUUACAUGCAUUUUUCUGGAUUUUUUUGUUGUUAUUCUGUCUCUCACUGUUCAAAUAAACCUACCAUUAAAAUUAUAGACUGAUCAUGUCUUUGUCAGUGGGAAAACUUACAAAAUCAGCAGGGGAUCAAAUACUUUUUUCCCUCACUAUAUAUGUACCUUGCAUUAUUUAAUUUUGGGGAUCUUUAUUGUCCACCUGCACAGCAGGUAGCGGAAUACACAUAAUUGUUGCGAAUAGGUGCCCUUCUUUGCGAGGGAUUGGAAAACCUCCCUGGUCUUUGUGGUUCACUGUUUGAAAUUCACUGCUCGACUGAGGGACAGAUAUGUGUGGAGUACAGAGAUGAGGUCGUCAUAAAAAAAAUCAUGUUAAGCACUAUUAUGGCACAGAGUCCAUGCAACUUAUGUGACUUGUUAAGCACAUUUUUACUCCUGAACUUAUUUAGACUUGCCACAACAAAGGGGUUGAAUACUUAUUGACUCGACAUUUCAGCUUUUAAUUUUUAAUUAAUUUGUAAAAAUGUCUAAAAACAUAAUUCCACUUUGACAAGUGGGUAUUGUGUGUAGGCCAGUGACAAGGGGCCAAGGGGUGUGAAUACUUUCUGAAGGCACAUUGAGCCAGAGAUUGUCCUCGGGGGUCGCAUAGGGGUUAGAACUUGGCCAGUGGCCACCUACUACAUAAAUUCCACUGACGGCUUGAGAGAUAAGUAACUAUAUUUAGUAAUUAUAUCAUCUUCUGCGUGUUUCAUGUCUAGUAGUUGUGCCUCUGAGACCUCAGGGUUCCUUCUGGAGUGUCUUUUGUGGCAGAACACCGUCAACCUCCUGAAUGACAUCAAUAAAGCUUUUGAAUGAUUAAAGAGAACCUCCGCAGGCUUCUCCCACUAUCAAAGAGACCUCCACGUCGAUGUGAAAGAAGGGGGGUGAGGGGGCUGAGGAAGUGCUGUAUCUUCAAAGGGGAAAUCAAUCGGAGAACAACGAGGGUUAGCGAGCUACAGUAGCAACGAGGGUUAGCGAGCUACAGUAGCUACAAGGAUGGUUAGAGGGCUAACUACAAGGGGGGUUAGCUAGCUACAGUAGCUACAAUGAGGGUUUUUGUGAGCUAGCUACAUGGAGGGUUAGCUAGUUACAGUAGCUACAAGGAGGGUUACCCUUACAAAAAAAUAUUGCAGUCAGAGUGCAGUAUAACUGCAGUAUGCUGCAAUUACUGCAACCAAAAUACCACAGUCGACUGCAGUUACUGGACUUUUACUGCAGUUUCAAAAAUGCAAUCUUUUUUUUGUAAGGGUCCAAACAUGGACAUGGGAAUACACAGAAAACAUUCCAUAGAUACUGCUCCCUAUCACCAAGUACAGAGUUUUCUUAUUUGUUUGUCAAGUCUCUCUCUCCCUCUCAUUGUAACACAGCAGUUGUGUGUGUGUGUGUGUGUGUGUGUAUAUGUACACUUCAGUGAAAUCCAGAUCAACUAUCUUCAUUAGCCAGAGCUAAUAACCUGAGCAUUUUGAAUGGAGUCCACCCACCAUCCUCCGCCAUUAGUUUAGCUAAUAUCCAUUAACAGGAGGCUUUUGAUGGCAUAGAUCUUCCCACAAUGGCUGCAAAUGAAUUCAAUUAAAUCCCCACAACGCUUUCUUUAUUGAGAUGUAGAUUCGGAAUCAGUUUAUCAUGAUGUGAUGUUUCAGCUAUAGGCUAAACUCAUGAAGGAACUAGACCUGCAGGAUAAACAUCUAAUACAUUUGUAGUCUUACAGUAAGAGCUGGCAUCCUCAACCAUGUUAAAUGUUACAUUCUGUUCAUGAAUUUAGCUUGUUGUUCCUCCGUCCAGAGGACAGGCUUGUCUCACCUGCUCAGAGAUGUUCUGACAACCCUUGUCUUCCUGACCCCAGUUAGGCUCUAACUUUCAUAUCCCUUUGCCUGUGUGCAGGUGUGGAUCCAUUAAAACAGAAACAAAGUUGUGGUUUUUAUAAAAGCGUCGGAGGACAAAGCCAAGGUGCUGAUGGAGAUUGAAAGCACUUAGCUUGUCUGUUCUAAUAAAGCUCUGAGAGUGAUUCGGGGCCACAUAAUAGCUGCAUGCACGCACACACGCAGAGUUUUAUGGGUCUGCUUAUUGCCUCCAUCUGGAUGAAUAGAGGAUUAAAAAACAUGUGUCCUCCGAGUAGUGUAUCCUCAGAGUAGUCUUCUCAGAAUGUGUGUGUCAAUUUCAGUCUUUUCACACCUCAAUCUCAAAAUGACUUUCUCCCCCUGUAAACGUCUGUGGAAAUGUAGGACUUGUUUUAUCCGUUUUCAUCUCUCUGAUAAAUAACUGGGGAGAUCUCUGGCUGAUUUUAAUGUAGAGCUGCGCUUUCAUGUUACCAUCUUUACAGGUGAAAGAGAACGAGGGGAAAUUACUUUUAAUCUUUAAGUUGUUCUUCCUUGAAUUGUUGCUUUUCUGUUCGUGAAUGGAAUACUAAUAACUCAUAUAUUCUUUACUCUGAAUCAUCCUCAUGAGACUUUGGGAUACUUUAGUCUUGAAUUAACAAAAUUAUUGCUUGCUACUCUGUCUCCUCUCUUGCAUACAGUGCUGUGAAGAAAAAUUGUGCCCCCUUUCAGAUUCUCUAUUUUUGAUACUGAAUGUUAUCAGAUCUUCAACCAAAACCUAAUAUUAGAUACAGGGAACCUGAGUGAACCAAUGACACCACAAUGACAUACUUAUUUCAUUAAAAAAGUUAUGCAACAACCAAUGUGAAAAAGUAAUUGCCCCCUUACACUGAACUGGUUGUGCCACCUCUAGCUGCAAUGACUCCAACCAAACGCUUCCUGUAGUUGUUGAUCAGUCUCACAUGUCGCUGUGGAGGAAUUUUGGCCCACUCUUCUAUGCAGAACUGCUUUAACUCAGAUACAUUUGUGGGUUUUCAAGCAUGAACUGCUCAUUUCAAGCAGACUGAACCAGGUUUUCCUCUAGGAUUUUGUCUGUGCUUAGCUCCAUUCCAUUUCUUUAUUUACCUGAACAACUCCCCAGUCCUUAACGAUUACAGGCAUACCCGUAGCAUGAUGCAGCCACCACUAUGCUUGAAAAUAUGGAUAGUGGUACUUAGUAAUGUGUUGUAUUGUGUGUGUAGGCCAGUGACAAAAUAUCAAUUUAAUCAAUUUUAAAUUCAGUCUAACACAACAAAAUGUGGACAAAGUCUAGGGGUGUGAAUACUUUCUGAAGACACUGUAUACUAUCAGGUGUGUCAACCCAGUCUACAUGUACUACCAGGUGUGUCAGCCCACAGUCUACAUGUACUACCAGGUGUGUCAGCCCACAGUCUACAUGUACUACCAGGUGUGUCAGCCCACAGUCUACAUGUACUACCAGGUGUGUCAGUCUACAUGUACUACCAGGUGUGUCAGCCCACAGUCUGAAAUUGAGCGAACAGUGUACAAUUUUAGCAAUCAGGAAAUGACCAAGCGAUUUCCACUAGAUGCCACAUUCAGAACAGCUUUCCCAUUUUGACAACAGAUGCCGCUCCGGCGGGAGAAAUCAAUAGGUGAAUAUCACAGCCAGACUAUUACUGCCAGAUAUAUUAUGAACAUUUUCAGAAAUUACAAUGCAAAAAUUCUAAAAUAUCCAAUGUGUAGCACAUUAACAUCAAAGCAUUAAACCACAGCAGCCUUCAGACUCACAAGGAGCAGGGCUCAUCUGUUCACUGAGUGUGAGCUAGCUGGCCAAUGCCCUCUCACAUUAAUGAGACGGUCAUUUUAUAAUAAAUAGGUAUUUUUAUUUAAACUUGCAUGAUAUACCAGCAGAAACCUUCACACACUGAACACCAUCCUCCAUGAUCAAUUUGCGAAUUAGCAAGGCUUGCAAAAAGUAAGCUGACAAUUAAAGGGACAUCCCACUGGGCACAAACUGGUUGAAGUCCACAUUGUUUCAAUGAAAUUUGUCAAUGUAUUGUGAUGUGGAAAAUACAUUGGAUUUGGAAGAAGUCAACUGUUGUUUUGAGGGUGAAAUUUCAACCACAGGAUUAUGUCAUGGUAACCAAAUGUCGAAUGUGUACCUUUUUUAAAACCAACAUCAGAUCUAUUUGUCAAUGUAUUGUGAUGUGGAAAAUACAUUGGAUUUGGAAAAAGUCAACUGUUGUUUUGAGGGUGAAAUUUCAACCACAGGAUUAUGUCAUGGUAACCAAAUGUCGAAUGUGUACCUUUUUUUAAAACCAACAUCAGAUCUUCAAUAUUAUAUCCAUUAUCAGAAAAAAUAACAAUAGGCUGGGCAGCACCACCUACUGGAGAAUGUAUCUAUCUACGUCUACUUUUGGUCUCCCAUCCAGGGUUUUAACCAAGCCCAGCCCUGCUUAGCUAUGAUUUUGUCACUGACUGUGCUAUCGUGAGAAUAAUUGUUGAGAGAUCUCCACUUAAAACGAAAUAGAUUCACUGUUACUAUCGAAGACAUUCCAAAGGGUAGGUUUAACAGAGCAAAUUAAAUGUGACCAUACUUUAUAACUAAUAUAUCAUCAAUGAUGCUAUUUAGGCCUAUAUAACAUUUGCAAAGUCAUCAACAGCUAUUGUUUCAAUUCAACACAGAAUUCAACUAAAAAUAGACAACACAAUAGGCCUAGGGUUUCAAGCUCUGGUUGAUUUCAAAUGUUAUGAUAUUUAGUAAUAUUGAAUUGUUUGGUUGUCAAAGCAACCAAAUAUCAACAUUUGAAGGAGUUUGUCUACAAAUUAGUAAUUGAUAUGUUGGAUUCACAUCUCCAUCUCAACCAAAAAUAGUUUAAGAAUAGGACUAAAUCAAAUUAAACGUUAUUUAAAAUUUGAUUUAGGCCUAUUCUUUAACUUUAUAUUUUUAGUUAAAAUGGAGACCUGAAUCACUUUUGAAAUAAAAUAAAUAGCCUAUUAACUUGUCGUCAAGUUAACAAAAUAUAUGUUGGAUUCAUGUCUGCAACUCAACCAAAAAUAAAGUUAAAGAAUGGGAUUAAGCCAGUGGCUCAGAUGGAACUAUCCAAGCAGUAAAUACAUCUCCUUUUAAAUGUUGAUAUUUGGUUGCUUUGUCAACCUAACACAAUUCAAUAUUACUUUUGUAAUACUGUAAAUAGCCUAAAGUUAAGGUCAUCUUACAUACGAAUGUAAAAUUCAACCUUAAAAUGAGUAACGCAUCCAUGGACACAUUGAGGUUACUGUAACUUUAAAUUCCUUCUUAUGUAAUCCUAUAAAAUGUGCAUGUUCAAGAUAGCAUGCAUAGGUCAUCUUAGGUCUGUGGAGAGCUUCACAAUUGCUGUUAUAAUCUGUGCAAAAUCUCGAAUGGCAUUAAUCACUUGCACCAUGUUCUGUUAAUGUAAUCUCAAAUGCAAUCCAGGUCAUUUGGUUCUGCUAUUAAAUUAAGCAGAGUGUUAACACAUUCAUCUGUUGUAUAAAUAAACAAAAUAUCUGACAUUGUAUUCCCAUUUUGAACUUUGCUGUGCUUUUAAAUAGUUGAAAGCAAAGUGAUAACACAUUGGAAAUUCAACAAACUUGGCAGACUUUGAGUGGGUGAAUAUAAGCUGUAAUCAUUGAUCAACGUCUCCACCAAAUACACUGCUCAAAAACAUAAAGGGAACACUUAAACAACACAAUGUAACUCCAAGUCAAUCACACUUCUGUGAAAUCAAACUGUCUACUUAGGAAGCAACACUGACAAUAAAUUUCACAUGCUGUUGUGCAAAUGGAAUAGACAACAGGUGGAAAUUAUAGGCAAUUAGCAAGACACCCCCAAUAAAGGACUGGUUUUGCAGGUGGUGACCACAGACCACUUCUCAGUUCCUAUGCUUCCUGGCUGAUGUUUUGGUCACUUUUGCUUUCACUCUAGUGGUAGCAUGAGACGGAGUCUACAACCCACACAAGUGGCUCAGGUAGUGCAGCUCAUCCAGGAUGGCACAUCAAUGCGAGCUGUGGCAAGAAGGUUUGCUGUGUCUGUCAGCGUAGUGUCCAGAGCAUGGAGGCGCUACCAGGAGACAGGCCAGUACAUCAGGAGACGUGGAGGAGGCCGUAGGAGGACAACAACCCAGCAGCAGGACCGCUACCUCCGCCUUUGUGCAAGGAGGAGCACUGCCAGAGCCCUGCAAAAUGACCUCCAGCAGGCCACAAAUGUGCAUGUGUCUGCUCAAACGGUCAGAAACAGACUCCAUGAGGGCCCGACGUCCACAGGUGGGGGUUGUGCUUACAGCCCAACACCGUACAGGACGUUUGGCAUUUGCCAGAGAACACCAAGAUUGGCAAAUUCGCCACUGGCGCCCUGUGCUCUUCACAGAUGAAAGCAGGUUCACACUGAGCACGUGACAGACGUGACAGAGUCUGGAGACGCCGUGGAGAACGUUCUGCUGCCUGCAACAUCCUCCAGCAUGACCGGUUUGGCGGUGGGUCAGUCAUGGUGUGGGGUGGCAUUUCUUUGGGGGGCCGCACAGCCCUCCAUGUGCUCGCCAGAGGUCGCCUGACUGCCAUUAGGUACCGAGAUGAGAUCCUCAGACCCCUUGUGAGACCAUAUGCUGGUGCGGUUGGCCCUGGGUUCCUCCUAAUGCAAGACAAUGCUAGACCUCAUGUGGCUGGAGUGUGUCAGCAGUUCCUGCAAGAGGAAGGCAUUGAUGCUAUGGACUGGCCCGCCCGUUCCCCAGACCUGAAUCCAAUUGAGCACAUCUGGGACAUCAUGUCUCGCUCCAUCCACCAACGCCACGUUGCACCACAGACUGUCCAGGAGUUGGCGGAUGCUUUAGUCCAGGUCUGGGAGGAGAUCCCUCAGGAGACCAUCCGCCACCUCAUCAGGAGCAUGCCCAGGCGUUGUAGGGAGGUCAUACAGGCACGUGGAGGCCACACACACUACUGAGCCUCGUUUUGACUUGUUUUAAGGACAUUACAUCAAAGUUGGAUCAGCCUGUAGUGUGGUUUUCCACUUUAAUUUUGAGGGUGACUCCAAAUCCAGACCUCCAUGGGUUGAUUAAAUUUGAUUUCCGUUGAUAAUUUUUGUGUGAUUUUGUUGUCAGCACAUUCAACUACGUAAAGAAAAAAGUAUUUAAUAAGAUUAUUUCAUUCAUUCAGAUCUAGGAUGCGUUAUUUUAGUGUUCCCUUUAUUUUUUUGAGCAGUGUAUUACCCAAUUAUCCACGUUGAAAUGACGUGGUGUGCCCAGUGGGAGUUAAACUCAGAUUUUGGGGGCUGUUUUGUUAGACUUCAGUGCGGCUUUUGACAUUUAUUUUUAUUUUUAUUUAACCAGGUAAGCCAGUUGAGAACAAGUUCUCAUUUACAACUGUGACCUGGCCAAGAUAAAGCAAACAGUGCGAUUUUAAAAACAACAGAGUUACAUAUGGGAUAAACAAAACGUACAGUCAAAAACACAAUAGAAAAUCUAUAUACAGUGUGUGCUAAUGUAGUAAGUUAUGGAGGUAAGGCAAUAAAUAGGCCAUAGUGCAAAAUAGUUACAAUUUCGUUUUAACACUGGAAUGAUAGAUGUGCAAAUAGAGAUACUGGGGUGCAAAUUAGCAAAAUAAAUAACAAAAUGGGGAUGAGGUAGUUGGGUGGGCCAAUUACAGAUGGGCUGUGUACAGGUGCAGUGAUCGGUAAGCUGCUCUGACAACUGAUGCUUAAAGUUAGUGAGGGAGAUAAGUGUCUCCAGCUUCAUAGAUUUUUGCAGUUCGACAUUAUCGAUCAUAGUCUGCUGCUGGAAAAACGUAUGUGUUAUGGCUUUACACCCCCUGCUACAGAGAGGGGAAAAAAAAAGUAUUUGAUCCCCUGCUGAUUUUGUACGUUUGCCCACUGACAAAGACAUGAUCAGUCUAUAAUUGUAAUGGUAGGUUUAUUUGAACAGUGAGAGACAGAAUAACAACUAAAAAAUCCAGAAAACGCAUGUCAAAAAUGUUAUAAAUUGAUUUGCAUUUUAAUGAGGGAAAUAAGUAUUUGACCCCUCUGCAAAACAUGACAUAGUACUUGGUGGCAAAACCCUUGUUGGCAAUCAGAGGUCAGACGUUUCUUGUAUUUGGCCACCAGGUUUGCACACAUCUCAGGAGGGAUUUUGUCCCACUCCUCUUUGUAGAUCUUCUCCAAGUCAUUAAGGUUUCGAGGCUGACGUUUGGCAACUCGAACCUUCAGCUCCCUCCACAGAUUUUCUAUGGGAUUAAGGUCCGGAGACUGGCUAGGCCACUCCAGGACCUUUAAUGUGCUUCUUCUUGAGCCUCUCCUUUGUUGCCUUGGCCGUGUGUUUUGGGUCAUUGUCAUGCUGGAAUACCCAUCCACGACCCAUUUUCAAUGCCCUGGCUGAGGGAAGGAGGUUCUCACCCAAGAUUUGACGGUACAUGGCGCCGUCCAUCGUCCCUUUCAUGCGGUGACGUUGUCCUGUCCCCUUAGCAGAAAAACACACCCAAAGCAUAAUGUUUCCACCUCCAUGUUUGAUGGUGUUCUUGGGGUCAUAGGCAGCAUUCCUCCUCCUCCAAACACGGCAAGUUGAGUUGAUGCCAAAGAGCUCGAUUUUGGUCUCAUCUGACAACAACACUUUCACCCAGUUCUCCUCUGAAUCAUUCAGAUGUUCAUUGGCAAACUUCAGAUGGGCCUGUAUAUGUGCUUUCUUGAACAGGGGGACCUUGCGGGCGCUGCAGGAUUUCAGUCCUUCAUGGCGUAGUGUGUUACCAAUUGUUUUCUUGGUGACUAUGGUCCCAGCUGCCUUGAGAUCAUUGACAAGAUCUUCCCGUGUAGUUCUGGGCUGAUUCCUCACUGUUCUCAUGAUCAUUGCAACUCCACGAGGUGAGAUCUUGCAUGGAGCCCCAGGCCGAGUGAGAUUUACAGUUAUUGUGUGGUUCUUCCAUUUGCGAAUAAUCGCACCAACUGUUGUCACCUUCUCACCAAGCUGCUUGGCGACGGUCUUGUAGCCCAUUCCAGUCUUGUGUAGGUCUACAAUCUUGUCCCUGACAUCCUUGGAGAGCUCUUUGGUCUUGGCCAUGGUGGAGAGUUUGGAAUCUGAUUGAUUGCUUCUGUGGACAGGUGUCUUUUAUACAGGUAACAAGCUGAGAUUAGGAGCACUCCCUUUAAGAGUGUGCUCCUAAUCUCAGCUCGUUACCUGUAUAAAAGACACCUGGGAGCCAGAAAUCUUUCUGAUUGAGAGGGGGUCAAAUACUUAUUUCCCUCAUUUAAAAUGCAAAUCAAUUUAACAUUUUUGACGUGUUUUUCUGGAUUUUUUUUGUUAUUCUGUCUCUCACUGUUCAAAUAAACCUACCAUUAAAAUUAUAGACUGAUCAUUUCUUUGUCAGUGGGCAAAUGUACAAAAUCAGCAGGGGAUCAAAUACUUUUUUCCCCUCACUGUAUAUUGUGGAUAAAGAGUUACCUGUCUAACAGAACACAGAGGAUGUUCUUUAAUGGAAGCCUCUCCAACAUAAUCCAGGUAGAAUCAGGAAUUCCCCAGGGCAGCUGUCUAGGCCCCUUUACUUUUUUCAAUCUUUACUAACGACAUGCCACUGGCUUUGAGUAAAGCCAGUGUGUCUAUGUAUGUGGAUGACUAUACACGUCAGCUACUACAGUGACUGAAAUGACUGCAACACUUAACAAAGAGCUGCAGUUAGUUUCAGAGUGGGUGGCAAGGAAUAAGUUCAUCCUAAAUAUUUAUAAAACUAAAAGCAUUGUAUUUGAGACAAAUCAUUCACUAAACCCCAACUAAAUCUUGUAAUAAAUAAUGUGGAAAUCGAGCAAAUUGAGGUGACUAAACUGCUUGGAGUAACCCUGGAUUGGAAACUGUCAUGGUCAAAACAUAUUGAUACAACAGUAGCUAAGAUGGGGAGAAGUCUGUCCAUAAUAAAGCGCUACUCUACCUUCUUAACAGCACUAUCAACAAGGCAGGUCCUACAGGCCCUAGUUUCGUCGCACCAGCACUACUGUUCAGUCAUGUGGUCAGGUGCCACAAAAAGGGAUUUAGGAAAAUUGCAAUUGGCUCAAAACAGGGCAGCACGGCUGGCCUUGGAUGUGCCCUUGAGCAAGGCACUUAACCCUAAUUGCUCCUGUAAGUCGCUCUGGAUAAGAGCGUCUGCUAAAUGACUAAAAUGUAAAAAUGUAAAAUGUACACAGAGCGCUAACAUUAGUAAUAUGUAUGUCAAUCUCUCCUGGCUCAAAGUGGAGGAGAGAUUUAACUUCAUCACUAUUUGUAUUUAUGAGAGGUAUUGACAUGUUGAAUGCACCAAGCUGUCUGUUUGAACCACUGGUGCACAGCUCGGAGUCCCAUGCAUACCCCACAAGACAUGCCACAAGAGGUCUCUUCACAGUCCCCAAGUCCAGAACAGACGAUGGGAGGCGCACAGUACUAUAUAGAGCCAUGACUACAUGGAACUCUAUUCCACAUAAAGGAACUGAUGCAAACAGUAAAAUUUAGAUUUAAAAAACAGAUAAAUACACCUUAUGGAACAGCGGGGACUGUGAAGCAACACAUACAGUGGGGAGAACAAGUAUUUGAUACACUGCCGAUUUUGCAGGUUUUCCUACUUACAAAGCAUGUAGAGGUCUGUAAUUUUUUAUCAUAGGUACACUUCAACUCUGAGAGACGGAAUCUAAAACAAAAAUCCAGAAAAUCACAUUUGUAUGAUUUUUAAGUAACUAAUUUGCAUUUUAUUGCAUGACAUAAGUAUUUGAUCACCUACCAACCAGUAAGAAUUCCGGCUCUCACAGACCUGUUAGUUAUUCUUUAAGAAGCCCUCCUGUUCUCCACUCAUUACCUAUAUUAACUGCACUUGUUUGAACUCGUUACCUGUAUAAAAGACACCUGUCCACACACUCAAUCAAACAGACUCCAACCUCUCCACAAUGGCCAAGACCAGAGAGCUGUGUAAGAACAUCAGGGAUAAAAUUGUAGACAUGCACAAGGCUGGGAUGGGCUACAGGACAAUAGGCAAGCAGCUUGGUGAGAAGGCAACAACUGUUGGCACAAUUAUUAGAAAAUGGAAGAAGUUAAAGAUGACGGUCAAUCACCCUCGGUCUGGGGCUCCAUGCAAGAUCUCACCUCGUGGGGCAUCAAUGAUCAUGAGGAAGGUGAGGGAUCAGCCCAGAACUACACGGCAGAACCUGGUCAAUGACCUGAAGAGAGCUGGGACCACAGUCUCAAAUAAAACCAUUAGUAACACACUACGCCGUCAUGGAUUCAAAUCCUGCAGCGCACGCAAGGUCCCCUUGCUCAAGCCAGCGCAUGUCCAGGCCCAUCUGAAGUUUGCCAAUGACCAUCUGGAUGAUCCAGAGGAGGAAUGGGAGAAGGUCAUGUGGUCUGAUGAGACAGAAAUAUAGCUUUUUGGUCUAAACUCCACUCGCCGUGUUUGGAGGAAGAAGAAGGAUGAGUACAACCCCAAGAACACCAUCCCAACUGUGAAGCAUGGAGGUGGAAACAUCAUUCUUUGGGGAUGCUUUUCUGCAAAGGGGACAGGAUGACUGCACCGUAUUGAGGGGAGGAUGGAUGGGGCCAUGUAUCGCGAGAUCUGGGCCAACAACCUCCUUCCCUCAGUAAGAGCAUUGAAGAUGGGUCGUGGCUGGGUCCUCCAGCAUGACAACGACCCGAAACACACAGCCAGGGCAACUAAGGAGUGGCUCCGUAAGAAGCAUCUCAAGAUCCUGGAGUGGCCUAGCCAGUCUCCAGACCUGAACCCAAUAGAAAAUCUUUGGAGGGAGUUGAAAGUCUGUAUUGUCCAGCGACAGCCCCGAAACCUGAAGGGUCUGUAUGGAGGAGUGGGCCCAAAUCCCUGCUGCAGUGUGUGCAAACCUGGUCAAGACCUGCAGGAAACGUAUGAUCUCUGUAAUUGCAAACAAAGGUUUCUGUACCAAAUAUUAAGUGCUGCUUUUCUGAUGUAUCAAAUACUUAUGUCAUGCAAUAAAAUGCAAAUUAAUUACUUAAAAAUCAUACAAUGUGAUUUUUCUGGAUUUUUGUUUUAGAUUCCGUCUCUCACAGUUGAAGUGUACCUAUGAUACAAAUUACAGACCUCUACAUGCUUUGUAAGUAGGAAACACUGCCGAUUUUGCAGGUUAUCAAAUACUUGUUCUCCCCACUGUACAUAGGCACAGACACAUGCAUACACACACACACGAUAACAUACACACACGUACACAUGGAUUUUCUAUUGUAGAUAUGUGGUGGAGUAGGGGCCUGAGAGCACACAGUGUGUUGUGAAAUCUGUGAAUGUAAUGUUUUUUAAAUUGUAUACGCUGCCUUGGCAGCAGCUAAUGGGGAUCCAUAAUAAAUACAAAUCCACUCAGUCUAACAUUAAAACAAACAAAGAUUAAGCUGAUUGGAAAAUAUCAAUUAACUGGAAUUACAUGUGACCAUUAAUUGACAUUUUAGGAUCCUAGAUACAGUAUAUAAACACAAAAUAUAUUCAUACAAAUUACAGUGAUUACUACUCCUUCACACAGAGAAUGUACCAUAGCUCUGACAACACGUGGAAACAACUAACAGAUCAUUAUCUACCACAUUCUACACUGCUGACAAGUCUUGGUGUGUUGUUAUUGUCUAACAGUGUUCUGGUUUUGGAACAAAUAUUUAACACAGAAGUUGGAGAAUCUAGACCAAAGAAAUGUGUGUUCUCAGAUGGAGAAGUCUUGAAAUUCAAUAUGGCCGCCAUGUACAUAGCUGCGAUAUUCACACUCCUCACCUCGCUUUAAACCUGCAACAUUUUCUCUCCAUCCAACAAGAGGGGUGUAAACAGAUUGUGUCAUGAACAGUGCUUGUGUGCAUAGAAAUAGACAUGGCGCACGCACAGGGGGGCCUGAGUGGAAAAAGUUUGGUUAACACGCUACAUGUCUGCUACACGCCUGUCUGGAGCUCUGAUACGGUCAGAGUAGCGUGUUUGCUGAAUCAGAGAAUUGUGUGUUUUUAAUUUGAUCCACUGUAGCGAUGUCGGUGUAUCAUAGUGCACUGUAGGGCAUAGGGAAGGGGGGGGGGGGGGGGGCAGGUGCAUGCGGUACAUGUAGCCUACUCGACUAGAAAGAUUCCCAUCAAAGGACAACGUAACUACAACAACAAAUGGCCAAAUUGUAAAUAUGUUUUACGCGCGCACACACUUUCCACUGGGCAAAACUGGUUGAAUCGACAUUGUUUCCACGUCAUUUUAACAAAAUAAAUCAAUGUGAUGACAUUGAAUCAACGUGGAAAACUGAUUUUGAUUUGCAAAAGUCAUCAACUCAAGGGGAUUUCCUCAUUUUUGUUUUACCCAACUUUUAAUCUAAAUCCAAUGACAUGGUGACAUAUUUUGUUAACUUCACGUUGAAUUCACGUCAGUUGAUAACUAGAUGUUGAAAUGACAUUUGGUUAAGUUUUGAUUUACAUCUGUGCCCAGUGGGUUUACUGUUGUGCUCUGUGAAUAACCAAGCAUAGUGAAGUGGUUGCAUGUUGUCUGGAUUAGUAAACAUGGAAGAAAGAAAUGUUCCUCUGGUUGAUAUAUUUGUGAAUGUUUAUUUCUGUUCUGCCGCCUUAGCCUUUCAGAUACACAGCUUUGCUUUGAUUAAAUUAUAUUUACUAGAAUAAUGAUAAUCUAAACGUCCCCCAGCUCUGUUCUUACUCUCCAUCCUCACUAUGCGACUGUAUGUCUCCAAGGAUACACUGGAUUGGUUAUUAAGAUGCAUAUUGUUGGUUGUUGUUUUUAAGCACCUUUUGCAUCUUAUUCACGAGUGAUGAUUCUCUAACAGGUUAGAGCUCAACAGCUGCUCAAAAACACAUGUUCCCUAAUAACAUUUAAGGAGUAAUUGAGUAGAAUGUAUGAUGGAACUGAAGGAAACUAGAGGGAAGUUACAGAAAGUUGCCAAAAGUAAUUAAGACAUUAUUUUAUGCUUGUUCUUAAACAUGUUGAUGAAGCGUAGCUAGGUACCCCAGAGCGACAGUGCAAUGAAAGAAGAGACCAACAGCUUGGCUUCUUUCUUUUAUACAAAUAAAUCAUUAUAGAUGGCUUUACUAAUCCACCCCCUCCUCCACCCCCUCCUCCUCCUUGCUACCAGUUCUCCUUCUGGGCCUGUUUUCAUAAUCACAUGUAAUUACAGUUAUAUAAUAUUUAUGGACCCAUUUAGAGCAGACGGAAAAUAUAUUAUGCUACAGGAAUUAAGGAUAUUUCAGCAUGUCAGAAGUAAAUUUAAAGUAUUUAUAAUAUAUUUAUAAUUUAGUCACAGUUGGCUUUAGCUUAGUCCCCGCUGAUCCCUGGAAGGAAAUUAUUUUCACUUAAUGAAGUUGCAUUAAUAUAAUUAAUAAUGGCCACAUUGGAGAGAGAAGGGGAAGGGAAGGAAUCUAUGGUUUCCCCUCAGCUUCACGUUGCUGUUGACUUUGGCUGGAUGAGUUCUAUGGAUCUGUCACUUGUAUGUCUUUAUUUAUUGUGGAUGGACACCAGUAAUUUAUAUCUUGGGUACAAAGAUUCUGAAUGUAUGACCAGAUAUUGCUACCAGGAUGGUUUGUCUAAAGGAGUUGUACAUUGUACUGUAUAGCCCAUUGGUCUUGUCAAUUAAAGGAAGGGAAUAGUGUUUCCUCAAUCAGUGUUCAACCUCAAUGAAUCUCUGACAUCAUCAAAGCCUCUCCUCUCAGCUUUUAUUAAUUAUUUUAAAGUAUAAUUUUAUAAUACACAGGAAGAAAAAUGCACAUCUCCCUCUGGCUGUUUGAUCAAAGAAACUGGUCUCUUUUCCUGUUGUAGAGGAGUCUGGUGGCUCUUGAACUGGUCCUUCGAGCCGGAUAGGAACAACUGACUUGUGUGAUUAGGAAACAGUUGUCCAGAGUGUUUUAUAAUAGUGAAUGUAUUGUCAUUUUCCUAACAAUGUCUUGCAUUAUAAUUGUUGCUCACCUUAACUUUUUCAAUAACACUUUUUAAACCCUUAACACUGCGUUCGCUCUCUUCCACUGAGUGUUUCUUAACACUGUUUCCUCUGUCUUCCAGGGUGAGUGUUCUCAGAGGUGCUACAAUAUCUUUGUCCUGGAGACGGUGUGUGUGGCCUGGUUCUCUCUGGAGUUCCUGCUGCGCUUCAUCCAGACGCCGAGCAAGUGCAUGUUCCUGAAGACGCCCCUCAACAUCAUUGACGUGGUGGCUAUCCUGCCCUACUACAUCACCCUGAUCGUAGACUCUCUGUCUGAGGGAGGGGAGAAGCCCAGCGGUGGGAACAACUACCUGGAGAAGGUGGGCCUGGUGCUGCGGGUACUCCGGGCCCUGAGGAUCUUCUACGUGAUGCGUCUGGCGCGCCACUCCCUAGGGCUGCAGACCUUAGGCCUGACAGUCCGACGCUGCACCCGCGAGUUCGGCCUGCUCCUCCUCUUCCUGUGUGUUGCCAUGGCACUAUUCUCCCCGCUAGUGUUCCUGGCGGAGAGCGAGAUGGGCGCCAAGUACGACUUCACCAGCAUCCCCGGCACCUACUGGUGGGCGGUGAUCUCCAUGACAACGGUGGGGUACGGGGACAUGGUGCCGCGGAGCAUCCCAGGUCAGGUGGUGGCGCUCAGUAGCAUCCUCAGUGGGAUCCUCCUGAUGGCAUUCCCCGUCACCUCCAUCUUCCACACAUUCUCUCGGUCCUACCAGGAGCUGAAGGAGGAUCAGAACAGAAUGCUGAGACAGAAACCAGACUUCCAGGACUCCACCAAGUCUCAGAACAGCGAGGACUCGGCAGAGACCGACAGUUAUAAUGGCAUCACUGAGGCCGCCGCCUCCGCAUUACGCAGGAAGUCCAUCGCUAUGGCGUCACAGAGGAGGGCCAUGCAGACUCAAAACUGAGUGAGUGUGUGCAAUGUGAGAGCCUGAGGUUGUGCAGUGCACUGUGAGAAACUCGUACUAAAGCUGGAGGACUCUAAACAGGGAUGGGACGUUUUUCUCGAGCUUAAGAAGAAAAGGAGCUCCAACAUUUGUGAUCCUCAUAGCUCUGUCCAUCAUACUUCAAUAGGGUUUCUAAGAUUUUAUAAGACAGCUGCAAAAGUAUUUUUGCUGACAUUAUUGGUGAAGAGCUGACCACAAUAUAAAAAGAGAAGGACUGCCACAAAGGACAUUUCACCCAGGAGUAUAGAAGCUCUACAACACAGGAGUAUAGCCCUACAACACAGCAUGGGGAGAAAGCUUCUCUCUCACAAAUAUUCAGUAUGAUAAAACUAUUAUUUUAGGGGGAAAAAACACCUUUGAUU